AUGGUGCCGAGGAGCUGUAUUCGCAAGCGUGAAAUCCACAAGAAUCCGCGCGAACCGACGUUCUUCACGAACCGCGCUCUGACUCGGAUACGGCUCGAGAAAUGGGCAGGUGUGGAACAGGAUGCGCGCGCCGCGAUUAGUCUGUACGGGCCCAAGAGCGCCUCCAGCCUGAAGAGCUGCUGGUACCUGGCGCAGGCGCUGUUGGGACUGCAGCGUCCGCAGGAGGCGUAUGAGGUGGCGAUCGAUGCGUACCGGGCGAGUCUGGCGGCGAAGAACGUGCAGACGGAGAAUCUGUCCAAGGCAGUUCUGCGCGCGAAGCAGCAGAUUUGGGCGCAGAAGGAGACGGCGCGGCUGCGCGAGAUGAACUCGACGUUGGCGAGUGUAGAGGUUUUGAUUGAGUCGGAUUUGAACCGGGCGUUGGCGGAAUUGCAGGGGAAGUUGGAUCGGAAAGAGAUUGGGCAGAUUGGGUUCGUCGAGGAUGAGAAGGCGCUCCGCGAAGAUGCAGAGAAGCAUACCCAGAAUGUGAGAGAUGCUUUCCGCAUUGCAUCCAAGGGGGACAUCCAGGAGAGGGUUGUACCCGAUUAUCUGGUCGACGGUAUCACCUUCGAGAUCAUGCACGACCCCGUCAUCACCCCGUCUGGGACCAGCUUUGACCGCAUUGGCAUCCAAAAGUAUGUUGAGCAGGCCGGUGUCGACCCGAUUACUCGGACGUCUAUGACGGUCAACGACCUGCGACCCAACUAUGCGCUCAAAGCGGCGUGCGAGGAGUUCCUGAACAAGAACGGCUGGGCUGUAGAUUGGUAG